AUGCCGCAACGUAGAGCCCGCGCCCGCGCCGGGCGCCGCAGCCGCAUAACACCCGAAAUGAAGAAAAACUUAUGUGAUGAGCUUACCACCGAUCCCGAGCUGGAUAUUGACGAGAUGAUGCAGACAGUGUUGUGCAGACAGGACUGGUACCAGGACAACCCAGCACCUGAUAUGAAACUGGAUGCGUCCCCUUUGGAUCAGCUUCCAGCAUCCCAACUCUUUCGUCAACAAUCCAGGCAUCGAAUAUUUCUCCAUUUCAGCUUGCUUCACAGAUACCUUCCCCUGAAGCUCGAUAACAUGUCUUCCAGCGACGAAAAGACUGACCCUGCUAAACAGACAGAAUUUCAGCUGGGUAUCUCCAAGUCAAAUGCUACGGCGCUGGAAACUCAAGGUCAUGCAUCUGCAGAACGGCGUGGUGUGUCAUAUGGGGCCGGAUCAUACAGGCUUCCAAAUGCCACGGAAGAGACACAGAUGACUUCAGCGGCAGAUGUCUCUGUCGAGAAAAGGCAGCAUGUAACGGAGAGCAUCGCCAAAAGCUACAGUUCUAAAGUUGGGUCUCCGCUGGGUGGGGCGUUGUCAAUCCACAAAGGGAGUGUCAGCUCAAAGUCAACUCCUUCACAACAAUCUGUCCAUGAGAUUGUAUUUCUUUGUAACCCGCUCCUGCCGAAAAUGCGACCGCGAAUGCUAUUUGACGAUGUAGCAUGGGAGGAGAGCGAGCGCGUCGAACGUGAGUGGAUAAAGUCUCUCUUUGAGGAGUCAACACUACGGGCAAUUGGCGAUUUCAUCGUGAAGCAUCGGGGCGGUAUCCCCACAGAGAUGUGCGAUCCAAAGGCUGGCGCUUUCAACGCUCUGUUCCGCAUGAAGUUUCAAGAUGGCGGCUCAGCUGUGAUUCGAUUUCCCAAACCUGGCGCCACGAUGUUUCCCGAGGAGAAGGUUCGCAAUGAGGUCGCCAUGAUCAGGUACAUCCAAGACCAUACCACCAUACCAGUGCCGUUUAUUCUUCACUGGGGUACUAAAGAGGAAAGCCCGCUUGGAUUGGGCCCUUUCAUUAUCAUGGAAUACAUUAACCAUGAGAUGGAUAUGGGUGCGGCUCUCAACACAGCUGGCCGUGGCACUCAAGACCGGCCACUUCUCGACCCCAACAUUGACCCUGCUAAGCUCGAAACGCUAUACGGCCAGAUGGCAGAUAUUCUACUACAGCUUUCUACUUUGGAGCUUCCAGCCAUAGGGUCUCUUCAACAAUCUGACGAGUUCUCUUGGGGUGUGACGCACCGCCCACUGUCCAUCCACAUGAAUGAACUGGUUAGGCUGGGAACCCUACCGAGAGCGAAAUUGCCUGAUGCUAGCUUUGAGUCUUCAUCGGACUAUCUUAAGAGCCUUUCACAACUGCAUCUGGAGCAUUUAAUUUGGCAGCGAAACGAUGCCGUACAGUCGAAGCCAGAUUGCCAGCGAAAAUAUGUCGCCAGGCAUCUGUUCCGAAAGCUUGCAAGUGAAAGGAAACUUUUAUCUGUUAAGCAUGACAACGGACCGUUCAAAAUCUGGUGCGAUGAUUUGCGGCCAUCGAAUAUACUGCUUGAUGCGAGUCUGAAAAUUGUAGGGGUUAUUGACUGGGAGUUCGCGUACGCCGCACCGGCCGAGUUCUCCUUUGCACCACCAUGGUGGUUGCUUCUCGAACAGCCAGAGUAUUGGCCGAAUGGUAUGAAUGAGUGGUCGGAUAUAUACGAAAGUCGCUUGCAAACAUUUUUGAAAGUCCUAGAGAAAUGUGAAGCAUCCGCUAUUGCGUCCGGCAAGUUGCAGGAUGGUAAGCAGCUAUCAUUCAGAAUGCGCCAGAGUUGGGAUAACAGUGAGUUCUGGAUUGUGUAUGCGGCGCGCAAGAACUUUGCUUUUGAUGCAAUCUUCUGGGAAAAGUUGGAUCCAAAAUUUUUUGGCCCUGGAGAAUCGCCUAAGGAUGUUUGGAAGCAGAGACUUAGUCUGCUAGAUGAACGAGUCCGGGAGAAUAUGGAACCAUUUGUCCAGAAGAAGCUGAAGGAUAACGAGACGAGGGAACUGGCAUGGGAGCCGGAUGAAUUGAUUCCUAGUCACGGCCACCCAAGUGACACAGGUACCACAGAUGAGGGAAUCAAGAAAAAGACGAUGCUACCUUCGCCAGGGGCUUCGUCCUCAUAUGAGCACAUUCAGGUGGAAGACAUGUUUGCACUCAAAUACAGCACUCUACCCAUCAGCAUAAUGUCGUCCUUGGGCUCAGCAGCCAUGCCGCUGAUCGCUUGGCAACACAAACUAACGCUCACUAGCUGUCGCUCGCCUGCUCCGACCAAAGUCAUUCCUGUGGAUUUGAUCAUCGUUACUGUAACUGUUUUCGCACAUAGUCUCCUUGCGUUGCAUAGCUAUGUUGGAAUGCCUGAAGCCGGUGACUCAAGAAACGACCGAGAUUUCGACCAGUCGAGUACGCUGAUCGCCCAACUAGCCUGCUUUUGCCUCCUGAGCCUCAGCCAGCAGGCGCUCACAGGCCGUCGGCUUGAGGCGGCAUUGGAUCAAACGGCGCGUCACCUGAGAAAAUGGGAAAAAACCGAUUACCAAGAUCCAGCAACAUCGCCAGAGUCACAUAACAAAGACUCACCGUCAGCUUCGCCCACAGCAAGCGCCAGCAAUCGAAGCCAUUCACCACAAAAUGGAAAAUGCGCCGCAAAGCACGGCUCGAAAUUUGCGCCCGCCAAGUACGAGCUUGUGCAUUUCACCAAGGACCCGACAGCGACCAGCACGCAUGCUCUCCGUCUGCUUAAUACCAAGGUGAAAGCAUCCCCGUCAUGCAAGUACAUAAGUGUCCACAUGGACACUAGAUUGCGAUGGGACUAUCACCGAGAAAAAUUAGAGGCGGGAGCCACCGCGCGACUGUCUGCUCUCUCGGUCUUGGCAUCCUCAUCAUGGGGUACGGGGCUUACAAAGCUCCGACAAUUCAUCCCCGACUCGGGGUAUACCAGCCGGGGGAGCUCCAUGAUCAGCGCUAUUCGCAAGAUUCAACGUCGCGCUGUGCAAACCAUCACGGGCGCUUUCCGUACGACAGCGGGCAGCGCAGUCGACGUUGAAGCCCACCUGCUGCCAAUGCUUCAACAGCUUGAGCAGACAGCGGUUGAGACGACAAUGCGCAUAAGAACCACGCCGUUGUUCAACGACAUGGUCGCGGUUGUGGCAACCGGGAGAGAGGGUGUCAGCUUUCCGACGCCUAUACGCGGCGAAGCCAGUCCCGGCCAAUGCACCAUUUUCACCGAUUACCAAGCGGCACUUCAAGCCAUACAGAACCCAAAGAGCCCGUCCGGCCAAUACAUCCUUACUGAGGCAGUACAGGCCCUGAACGCACUGCGGAGUCAUAAGUGGAACACUCAGUUCCGCUGGAUCCCCGCACAUGUCGGAGUGCCUGGAAACAGUUGUUUCCGAACGGCAGCCAUCAUGCUUUUCCAGGCAUACACGGCAUGUCGGCCUGCAGAGCUUGUCGACGGGACAAAAGCCAGAGUGGCUAUCGAUCCUAUGAUGGAUGACUCGGAUGUAGAAGAUGCCGGAAGCAGCGCGCGGGCUACGGCUGAGACGACGGCGCGAACUCGCAAGCAGGAACCCUGCAAACCACGCACCUCGAGCCGCAGAAUGGACCAGAAGCGGAAUAAAAGAGGCACACUUGUUCCGCCUUUGUCUACUGGCAUCACGGACGGGUAA